AUCAAGUGAAUCUUGAAUACCGAAUGUCACGUGCACGCGUCAAGUCAGCUAGACACGUGACCACUACCCCCCUUCCUUGCCAAAUUCUGCAAGCUUGGCCCACUUGACUCGUGACUGCAGCCUCGUCGUUUGCGCGAUCCAGCGUGUCUGUCAUCCCACCUCUCCUCCAACUUGUCAGCGCAAAAGGCAAAGUGCGCCAGCACUUUUCUGGGAGUAAAAUUCAACGCGCGAGCUCACCGUCGAUACUCAUCCCCCCAAUCCCCGCGCACGUCUCUCCUUCAAGCCAUGGCGUUCAUUUCGAGGGUGCGACCGGCGUUCGAGGUGGCAGGCAAGAAUAUCAACCCUUCCAUCUCCCUGCUCUCUCUGAGGGGCGCCUUGCCCUCCCUCUCCUCUAGCGGUCCAUCCUUCACCAACGCGGUCUCGCGCACUGCAAAUGCGAAUGCGCAAGCAGAGGAUCAGAGCGCAAGCAGCAGCAGCGGAUUCUUCUUUGCACUGCCGUUUGCGUGGGCCAACGGCGUUCAGGUCAGACAUUCGGCCAAGAGGGGAGGUGGAACUGCAAAGAAUAACAGAAACAGUCCAGGCAAGCGAUUAGGGGUCAAGAGGUUUUCUGGUCAACAUGUCCAAGCAGGCGAGAUUCUGAUGCGUCAAAGAGGCACGAGAUUUCACGCAGGUCAAAAUGUGGGCAUGGGUCGCGAUCACACGCUCUUUGCGCUCAUUCCAGGCUGGGUGCAAUUCUAUCGUCCCAACGCCGAGCCCGUGCAGCCCAGCAUGCCAGCAUCCUUGCCCGGUCUAGACCCGCAAGCGUUCAACACGAUGGCGGCGGCCCAGCAGGAAAUUGCGAGCGCAGACGCAGGCGCAGGCGCAGGCGCAGGCGCAGACGCAAGCGCAAGCGCGGCACCGGCACAGCUCAAACCGGGCCAAUCGCAAGCGCGCGAUUCGCAUCAGAAGGAACUUCCCAUCAAGCCCUUGCUCGCUCACCGCACCGCCUUGCCCAUCUUCGAGCAGCUUCGCUCCCAUCCAUCCUCGGCCAGAAGGAAAAUGGGUAGGAGGUACAUUGGCGUCACUCCCAGUCCCAACGUCAGGCUUCCCACGCCUAUCGGAGCUCCAAGGGAGAGGAUCUGGCAAAAGGUCGACGUGACGAGGUUUGAUGAGUUCGGUAGACCCUUGGUCGAUGCAAAACCUCUCGCAGAUGGGGACAUUGUCGGAGAAGCCGAACAUCAGGCGCAGAAGCCCAACACAAUCGCAGCAUCUCAGUAGGGAGGAAGAAAUCUGGCAUGCAUUAAUCAAUAGUAUACAAGAG